GUGGAAGGCUAACGUUUGGGAAAGCUCCGUACUUUGAAACAAAGGUAGCAAAUAUUACUUAACAAACCGAGACAACAAGGAAAGGAGACAGUGACGAGCAGCAUGGCAGACGACGACUUCAACCAAUCCCUCACCCCUCCAGUCUCCCCUCCAGAUGGUCUGUGCGAGCUUUCCCCAGCCAGACCACCAUGGUUCUGCUGCUCUGACGCUAAGGAGGAUCCAACUGGAGCACUCUCAAAUGAGGGAUACACUGCUAGAGGUUCAGUGAAAAGGCUGCUGCUGUGUCUAGAUCCAGCCCCCGCAGACUAUGAUAGCGACACAGUGGAGCUCUUUGGUUUAACCUGGGUUACAGAGACCGCAUUGGUUGAAUCAACAAGGCUGCUCUUUGGCUUACUCAGGCAAAAGAUAUACAGGCUUGAGACGAUGGCACAAUCCAUCUCACAUGACUUUGGUCAAAGAGGCAACCUUCACUCUGAGGCCUCUGAGAUCAGACAGCAGUGUGUUUCAUUUCUUCAAUAUGUUAAAGUCUUCCUACACAGAUACCUGAAGGUUUCCUGUCGCCUUGAUGAAAAUCCAUCCCACCCUUAUGAGGAGUUGGAGGGUCAAGUUCCAUCUGUUCUAAUAGAGGAGUUGUUUGGCAUCAUUUUCCUCAUUGGGCGUCUUAAAGACCUGCCUACCGACAUUCAGAAUGCUGUCACGAUACAGAACCCUGGAAAGAUCUUUCCUCCCGUUUGGCAUUUGUUGCACCUUCACCUUGACAUCCACUGGUCAGUCUUAGAGAUCCUCCACCUAUUUGGCCAUAAGAUGCAAGGCCAGGUGGUUUAUGCACACCAGUUUGUGAACCUGACUGGAGAGAACUUGACUGAUACCAUUCUGUUUGAGGAGCACCUGUGCAGCCUCCUGUGUGACCUUACUGGCCUGGCCAUGGGCAAGUACAGCAAGGUGAGGCCGACAGAGGUUCUUAGCAUUCAUCAUUACCUCUGCUCCUGCACCAAAGAGCUGUGGAUCCUAGUCAUUCACCUUUUGCAAUUUCGGAAUAAAAGGCUACACUCACAGUCUUUUUGGAGCUAUAUGAACUCAUUGUUGAGGCCUCUGAUAUCAGGAAAACCUGCAGCUGAACGGUUCAGUGGCCUCCCUACACACUGCAAGGACCCUCUAGGCUUCACGUGGUGGCUGCUCACUCAUUUAGCAAUCUUAGGCCAAUACAAUCAAAAUGGAACAAUCUCGUAUGAGAAAUCCCUAGAUGACAACUGGACAUUCGUGGAAGAGUUGCUUAAAUUCACUUGUAAGCCACAGCGAGACCUUGGAGAGGAGCAAGUCAGGAUGCAUGUGCACUGCUGUCUUUCUCUGUGUCUCCUCUGGAUCCCCAGUACCACUGCCGUCUCCACCCUCUGGGACUACUACAGCAAAAACCUGGGUGCCUCAUUCACUGUGCCGUGGCUUGGAGUGAGCGGCCUGGGCACUUUGUGUAAGACACCCCUGUCUCUGUUGGAGCAGGCACGCAACUGUUGUGUGCCUUCUCCCCUCCGCUCCUCAGGACACACCCAGUUGUACCUUUCAGCCAGUUCAUUCCACAUCUUCCUGCGAGUGCUCUCCCUGUGCCUGUCUCAGGACAGGGUUGGGGGAGUACCACAGAGACAGAUCAAAGCAAGGAUUUUCUCUAAGUUUUCCUCAAAGAAGAUGCAGGAGCUGUCGGAGGCUGGCCUCAUGAACUUCCUGCUACUGUUUCUGGUGAUUGCCAGGAAGGUGGAGCUGGAGGAUGUUGCCAGUAAAACCUGUGAGCUGCUAGGUUUCCUGCCAUCUGACUGUCCCCCAGGACACCGCACGCUGGUGUGGAAGGGACAACUGGCACUGGUGUUGUUAUUUCAGGAGAAGGGCUUGGAUGUUGGUCCACUAGCUAGUGGGCUGGCCUCAUCAUUCAAUGAUACCGCUAAGGAGUUCUACAAUAAAACUACAGAGAUGUCUCGUAAACUUGCCCUCUGGGGGCCUCUUGGAUCAUACCUGGAGGGGGUGGCUGAAGUGUUCGAAACAACCACCAGGCUCAACCUAUCAGAGGAAAAACUUCUCAAUGAAGGCUUUGUUUGGUUGCUGCCAGCCUGCCGUCAGCACGAACUAAACUCUGUACUUGGCUUUCUCCAGACUGUCCUCGCCCAGCUCAGACUGGCGCAUCAACGCUGUGUCCAGUCAGGCCCCACCUUGACCUGGAUGACUACCAGCAAUGUUGUGAAAGAGCCCCACCUAGCGGUAGCAGCUGCACUCUGGGCCCACUUCUUUCCAUUCCUUCGCGAUUUACGCCUCUCUCAGACUCCUCCGGCCCAGUUUGCAGAUGCGGCUGCAGGCUUCACUCUUCUGGCCUUUGAGCUGCCCACUUCUGCACCCCAGGACCUUCAACCCAAUCCAGUUCAGUCCAUUUUGCAAUGCUUCUGCUGGGAUGACUUGGUUGAUCCACUUGUUGUCACGCGGUACCUUCCACAUCUACUCCAAAACAGAGCGCUCGUGUCUUCACUCAGCGGUGAUCGUGGCAUCAUUGUCUCAGGUUCAUCACAAAGUAUGUCAGUCAGGGCCUGGUUCAGAUGUGUUCUACAGCAAUACCUUCACAAGAGCCCUGAUGGAUCUGAUAGCAGAGCAGACCGGGCUUUGGAGGAGCAGCUGUGUGAACUGACUCGCCUGGUGCUGAUGCUUCCUGAGGUGGACAGUCUUCUGCAGAGAGCAAACCUCUGUCCAACGGCCACCAUGACAAAGCCCGUCUCAGCGCUGGAGACGUUUGUAAAGGCUGUAGGCAUCGUUUACAGCAGACUGCAGGUUUUGUCUGAGCGUUCUGCCAUGGUGACCAGAGCGCUGGACUACAUGGGAGACAUCCUUAAACAUAUUAAACCCUCUUUGGUCAGCAAGAAUCAGAAAGGAAUUCAACUGGCAUAUUGGGCUGUUGGCUGUGUAGUGAAGCAUUGGAGCCUCCUGCUGGUCACAUCCAAAGCGCAGCAGUUGCUCUUCCGCAUUGUGGAUCGACUGCUACUCCCCCACAAUGUCACUCAGCAAGACAAAGCUCUCCGGGACAGCCUGCCACUCUAUCUACAGGGGCUGUCAGUGGCUUCUGGUGUGUCCCAGUCGCAAGGAGGGUACCUGAAGCAGCAGCUGCACGCUGUCAUCCGAAGAUAUCUCGACCAUUUCCUUCCUGCCUCAUCUUCAUUGGGCAGCAUUGCCAAUCAUCCUGUGCUUCUCGGUGCAUGCGAGGCGAUCCAAAACGGCCCCGGGGCCUCGCUGAGAAAGGCCGUCCUGCAGGUGCUCUGCGAGAGCUUCCUGCAGUUCAAAGGUCAUUGUCCUCCACCUCGCCUACUGCCAGUCCUCUUAUUCCUGUUUGAACUUCUGAGACGCAACAGUGACUCAGACCCCGCCCUCCUCACUCUGCCGCUUCCUUGUCUACUGCGCUGCUUGAUGCUGGUCAAUGACCCUCAGGUGAGGAAGACGAGCACAGAUGCAGUGCAACUUGUGGUAGAGCGAUGUGCUGCAGCGUCUGCACAAGGACCAUGCAAGCAGAUGUUAUCUGUCUUAAGGUCAUUUGUGGCAGAGAAUGAGGGAGUCUACGACAGACAGGUUUACACUGUUCUGGAGACGGUGGCUGUUUUAGAUCCUCCUGUCGUUCAAGCCCUUAUUCCCAGCCUGUCUACCAUACUGAGAAACAACGAACACAAGAGAGGACUGGGCAAGAACGCCACCUUAAGAAGUACAUACACAAAACUGCUUUGUCUUCUCGGAGAGAGUGGGCAGGCAGAAAUAUCAAGUUUGGAAUCAGACUGAAGUGUCAAGACCUAAAAUCUGCUCCAAGCAUCUUUUUCAAUUAUAAUUAUUUGUUGCCAAAUUGAUAUGAUCAACAAAAAUAGCUACACAAAUGCUCAAACUUAAAUAAAAAAAAAAAAAAAAUUCCACACAAAUGCAUUUUGUUAGUUAAACACAAAAAUGUAGUCAAUGCUGUAUUAACUCUUUUGUGAUGAACUAACACAUUGCAUGGGACUAAGUUGGCUACAUAAUAUUGUUCCAUUUGCAAUAUUGACUAUUUAGUCUACCAGUUCCAGAAAAAGACUAGUUUUACUGUAUGUUCACUUGCAUGAUCAAAAUCCAAUACAUUAGCUGUAUCCCCCAAAAUAAAUAAAUAUAAAUAAAAGCUAUGUUUUGAUUGCUAAUGUCAAAGGAGUAUUAAAAGAUAUUGUGGAUGUAAUUUGCAGUUGUGUAGAACUGCAGUGGUGAGAGCGGUUUCUCACAUUUUGACCCUCUCCCUCAGUUGCUACAUUACUGAAGUCUACGGGAUCAAUA